AUGAUUAUGAUAUAUCAAUUAAUUUCAAUUACUUUAUUUGUAAAUGUUGCAUUGAGUCUUCGAUGCAAAACAGCAUGGCCCUCAAAUUGUCUUCAUAAUUCCACCUGUAAAUAUGAUACAAAAGAAUGUCCGUUAUCAGAAAUAUCAUCGAAUAUCCGUGGUGGAGUUUACUGUUUAACAAUUGUAAAUAAUGAUCCAAAUGAAUUAAUUAUCGGUAAAAUGGAUUGUAUGUAUGAUCAAGAAACAAGUAAAACAUGUAAAAAUCAAUCACAAUGUAUUAUGAAUUAUACAAAUAAAGAUAAAAAAUUUUUUCAUUGCUGCUGUGACAAAGAUGAUUGUAAUCAGAAUUUUGUCAUAAAUCCAACUGAUGAGCCACCACGAAAACUGGAUGAUCCAACAAAUCGAUGUAAAGAUUUCUUAUGUAAAAGAAUAACUAUUAUUCUCAUAUGUUUAAUUUUUGGUUUUAUUCUAAUAUUAAUUUUGAUCUGCUGUAUUUAUCGAAAAAAAUUAAUGAAAAGUGGAAAAAAAAUCAAUAAUCUUUUUGGCAAAGAAAAACAAGAAAUUACUCGUCUUUUAGAAGAGACUGAAGAUACAAUUGGCAAAAUUGAUUUCAACGAUUUGAAAAUAGAAACGUUACUUAAAAAAGGAAAAUUUUCCUUCAUUCAUAAAGGAAUGUUCAAUGGUCAAGAAGUUUCUAUUAAGCAAAUAUCGAAUACAGAUGAUAUAAAUCAUUCAAAACAAUUAUUUGAACAUGAAAAACAAAUUUAUUCAUUGAAACUUAUGCAACAUGAAAAUAUUCUAAAAUAUUAUGGUUAUUCAAUAAAUAAUAAUGAUAAUUAUUAUAUAAUAACUGAAUUAAGUCAACAUGGUUCAUUACGUGAUGUUCUUCGUUCACGUUUAUUAAAAGAUGAAAAUGAAUUAUUAUUAAUUUGUAAACAAAUCUCAAAUGGUCUUGAAUAUCUACAUAAAGAUAAAGAAAAUGAAAAUAUUCGCCCAAGAAUUGCCCAUAGAGAUUUUAAAUCAGAUAAUAUUCUUUAUCUAAAUGAAAAUAAAUUAGUUAUCUGUGAUUUUGCCAUGUCAAUUAAACUUGAUCAAAAUCCAAUAUGUCCAAAUGAACAACAACAGAUUGGAACUCCUCGUUAUAUGUCACCAGAACUCUUAGUUGGAACCAUUGGAUGUGAAACAGAUGCUUUACUUAAAUGUGAUGUUUAUGCGCUUGGGAUUGUUUUCUGGGAAAUUUUAUCAAGAUAUCCUUAUGAUAAAAAAGAUCAUGAUCAAAAGUAUGAAUUACCAUUUGAAAAACAAUUAACUGCACGAAAUUUGAAUUCAUCAAAUCCUCAAAUAAAUGAAAUGUUACAAAUAAUUAAUUUAGAAAAACCACUUAAUCGUCCAUUAAUAGAAUUAUAUUGGAAAAAUACAAAUAAAAAAAGUUUUAACGAAGUUCUAUCAACAAUGGAACAAUGUUGGGAUCAAACACCUGAAAGCCGUAUAACUGCAGCUUUAGUUGCAUUAAGAAUGAGACAAUUAUAA